AUCCUCCUUAGGGAACAGCUCCCAAAGCUGAUCCCCCAUUGAACUCAGCCUUGUGCUUUAGAGUGGCAAGGAGGCUCUGGAGAGUAAGGUAACACCUAUGUUUAAGUAUGAUCUCCCCAGGGCAGAUUGGAUCAAACCCUGAAUGCAGAUAAAUGCUCUUGCCACAGUCUCCCUCUGCCUUCAUGGGUGAGAGGGCAGGACUCCACCUCUGAUUGGCAAUGUUCCCAGCCCUUGGUUGCCUGGCAACAGCUCUGUGUCUCUGACUGAGGAUACACUAUGGCAGGUGGCAGUCCAGCAGCCAAGAGGGUAGUGGUGUACCGGAAUGGAGACCCCUUCUUCCCAGGCUCCCAGCUGGUGGUGAGUCAACGUCGCUUCCCCACCAUGGAGGCUUUCCUCCGCGAGGUGACAUCAGCUGUGCAGGCCCCGCUGGCUGUGCGUGCCCUCUACACACCUUGUCAUGGUCACCCUGUCACCAGCCUGGCAGACUUGAAGAACAGAGGGCAGUAUGUGGCCGCUGGAUUUGAACGAUUCUACAAGCUCCACUAUUCACCUCAUGGCGGGAAGGAUCCAGGUGGGAAGAGCUGCAGACUACAAGGUCCUCCCGUGACUCGCCACUUGUGUGAUGGGGCCAUUGGACGGUGGCUACCUGCAGGUGCUCCCUGCUAUAUUCAUGUGUUCAGGAAUGGGGACCUGGUAAGUCCCCCAUUUAGUCUGAAGCUGUCCCAGGCUGCCAGCCAGGACUGGGAAACUGUGUUGAAGCUCCUGACUGAGAAGGUCAAGUUGCAGAGUGGGGCUGUGUGCAAACUCUGCACCCUGGAGGGGCUCCCACUGUCAGCACGGGAGGAGCUGGUAACUGGCCAUUACUAUGUGGCUGUCGGAGAGGAUGAGUUCAAGGACCUUCCCUAUCUGGAGCUGCUGGUGCCCUGCCCCUCCCUGCCCAGGGGCUGCUGGCGUCCUCCAGGCUCGAAGUGUAGGCCCCACAUGCAGGGGGCCCAAGGCCACAGGGCCCAGGUAACCCAGUCCUCUCCAAAGGAACCAGACGGAAUUAAGCCAUCCACUUUCUAUGCCAGACCCCAGCAGACCAUUCAGCCAAGAAGCAAGCUCCCCAUACUCUCAUUCCCAUCAGGAGUUACAGGAGUAUAUGGAGCUCCCCACCCAAGGAAGGAGACAGCGGGAGCCCAGGAAGUAGCAGAUGAUGAAGACACCCAGACAGAGGAGCCCUUGGAUCAGAGGGCAGCACAGAUAGCGGAAGAGGCCCUGUCCCUGGAAAACCAGCCUGGGGCUGGGGCUGCUAUCUCAGCCUCAGCCCCAGCUCUGCCAUCUUGAGAGCCAGCAGCUCCAGAGGGGAACUGGGGACCACCACUCUGGCCACCUUUUGUCCUCAGCCUCCAGCAGCUUGUUCCUCAGGAGCCAGCACCUCCCCUGGGCUCACAGGGUACACUGCGGCCUCCUCAGUCCUCCCAGUUCUCCUGCUCCUAAACCCACAGCCCAGCCUUCCCUUCCUCUGAGCAGAGCAGCCCUGGCUUGGGGGCUAUUUCCUUAUGGGAUUCUCUAGCCACAGAAAGGAGUAGCUGACUGAGCCUGGGGGACAGGCUACAAACGGGGGAGCGGGUUUGUCACAAUAAAAGAAUACUUACUAA